AUGAGUGCUGAGAAGUUAAGUACUGAUGAAGUUCCUCAAAAAUUUGCUGAAUGGCUCUUGGCAAUGGGAUGUCCUGUGGAAAAAGUUCCUUCUACUGACAAAAUGAAACAAAUGUGUAGAGGCCAGUACUAUAUGGUUUGGCGCAGUCUUAUGGAACAUGUUCAAGCAAAAGAUGUUAUUCGACAAAAAAGAUUGCAAGUUUUCUAUGAUGAUGUAAAUUUAUGCAAAGAGAAAAAUGCAUUCAAUGAGAAUAAUGCAAAAAUUACAGUGCCUGAGCAAGUUCAGCUGUGGAGGCAGUAUGUGGAUCUCAAUGAUAGAGUAAGUGAAGCUGAAACCAGGGUGGAACAGGCACAAAGAAAUUUAAAGGAACUAAGGGAUAAAAUCUCUUGUAAAGUAACUCAACGUAACGCAUCACGGCGUCGUGUGGAUGAUUUACAACGACGUAUUUGGUUCCUAAGACAAGUGUCUAGUGAACUUACGGCUAAGAAAGCUAACUUGGAGGAAACAAAAGUGAUUGCCGAUUCACUGUGUAAUGUUGAUUGUGAUCAGGAUAUACAGAACAAGUUAGACAAAUACCUUAUUGCAAUGCAACAGAAAAGUCAACCGACCAUGCAAUUAUCAAAUCCUAUAGCGAGUUCCUCUAUUGUAUCCACACAUGAAAGUGAACCUGCCAAUAAUGAAAAAGAGGAGAACAUAAUGUCAUUAGUUAAGUGUCGCGGUGACGCGUUAUGGCCCCAUUUGUAUGAAAAACGCGCGGCCGUCGUCACACAACUGUCUCUGGUCAAUAUGAAACAAAGCAAUGAUAUUGUUGAUCACAGAAUCACGCCACAGUCCGUAUUAGCGCAUACUGCUGCGCUACAUUGCAAUAUAGCCCUUGAAGUUAUGAAGAAUAAGGUCCACCUUAAACAAACUCGGGAUAGAUUCGCGGCCGCCAUUGAAGAGCUUAGUACAUACGUAACAGGUGAAUCGUGCGAGCUCCUAGUGCUGCGCUGCGAGAAAGCCCGCACUGAAGCCAGGGUGAAGUCGCUGAAGUCGCUGUACGACGAGCUGACUUCAAAGUCCGGUGUGUUUCAUAUAGAAGGUGACGAUGUCAACGAUAACCAAGCUACUCCGCAGAAGAUUGCUAAUAUUGAUAAAUGUAUUGAAAACACUCGAGAUGACUUAAAAAGAUUAAUCACUGUGCUAGCCACGACUGAGAGGAAAAUAAAUAAUAUAAAGGAAUGCCUAGUAGCUGUGUUCAGUGCCUUUCACAGCAACUCUAAUGUUCACGAUAUUGAUAGAUGUAGAGGUAUACAAUUAGACUUUCCCAAGGAAUCUAUUUCUACAUUACGCCAGUAUUAUAUAGAAAAAUGCGAGAAGAACAAAAUGAAUGGUAACCUCAGUCUCGAUUUGGAUGUAUCUGAAGCAUCAUUCACUGAAGCGUCUGAUGCCAGUCCCCGGUUCAUAGAUGAAUUGAAAAUUUAUUUGAAGAAAUUCAACUUGGAGAAAAAUAGAAAGCUGGUAUUAGAUAGUGGUGAAAAAAUUUGGAUCUUCGAGACAGUACAAUUUCUGGCUUCCAAAUUGAACUUAAGUUGGUUGAAUGACGAUAUUCCGCCAUUACUGUGUCCGUCAGUUCGUUUGUCUCGUACAAUGCAAGAACUAAAGAGCAGGAUGCAAGAAAAAGAUGCACUCAUGAGUAUUGUUAAAGCAAUACAUGUGCAAGAGAAACCUGGUGUUGAUAUUGAUAUUACAUCGAAAGUAGAACAAGAAGGCAAUAUAGCGGAUAAAUUGAAAAAGAAAAUCUCAGAAAAUUCCAUUUUACUACAAAAAAUAAGUAAAACUCUAGAUUUAUGUCAAGAAAAUCUGAAAUUUUGGUCCGAAGAUCAAAUGAAAGGGUACAUAUCUGAUAACAGAACAGUCAAUGGAAAAACCUACAAAGAUUAUGAAGCGUUUUAUUUGGAGAAUUUAAAAUUAAAAUCA